UUCCAUGAGGAUUCUGCAAAAGGUUUGCUGUCGAAGCCUGGAAUACCUGCUUCGGACUCCUGGCUUUUUGAGAUCCCUGAAGAUAUAGACGUAAGUGUAGCCGUCCGAGAUUUUGCUCAGGCUACUCAACUCGUUGCGAAGGCUCGGCGUAGGAUAGACGAAUUGUUUGAAGAACAACAGCGUGACUCCACUCGCCAGACCUCAGCUGUACCGAACAUUGACACUGAAAGCAGACUUCUCACUCCAUUCACUUUGAGCAAGCUGGCCGACCGAAUCGAACAACGUGCCUGUACUUUGUCACUUGUUCUAGAGGAUGAGUUGGUCAGGGCUGCCGAGGGACACGGUGAGCGCUAUUUUUUUACUGCGCUGGACUUUUUGCUAAAUAUCGAACUAUCAGACAUUUCGUUAGAACAAAUCGCGUUGUUCCACCCUUAA